UUGUCGCCCGGCAGCCGCGCGGGUAGGAGACUUGGACGCAUGACGCGCGCACGAACCUCGCUCGCGGCUCCCUAGUGACAUUCCAGCGAGGAAACAUUAGUUUUUUUUUUUUUUCUGUAUUCCGUGAAUCCAUCGCCAAAACUACUGCAUGACAAGUUCGCGCGAGUGUGGCGAUUCCUUUUGAAAAAAAAAUGUGUCCUUCAGACGAAGAAGAUCGCAGAAUUGUGUACGAAAAGACGAACGAGAAGAACUAUAACGGGAAGUGCAUCGAUCGAUAGUCUAAUAAAUAAAUAUACGGUAUUCUCGCAAGUGAGCUAGUGAGUGAGCUAGUGAGUGAGCCGGCGCCAUGAUGAACAGAGUGGACCGCUACCACGAGGACCACCAGCAGCUGCUGCGGCGCGCCGACCACACGGCGCUCAUGCUGCCGCCGCCGCCCCUGGUGGACGACGCCGCCGCCGGCUCGCGCGCCGCCUCCUGGACCUCGGAGGGCGGCUCCGUGCUGGAGCGCUGGGAGCGCAUCCGGCCCGAGCGCGCGCACCGGCGCAACAACGUGCAGAAGAUGCAGUGGCGCAGCUCGCGCUGGGUCAGCGGCUUCCCGCGCGGCGCCGCCGACGAGGAGCUGGACCAGCGCGUCUGCUCCAUGACCAUCGCCGACGUGAGCCCGCGCUUCGCCGUCAAGCGCAUCAUCUUCCUGUACGAGAACUUCCAGUACCGCGAGGCCGCCAACUUCGUCAACCGCCUGAGCCACGGCACCUUCAAGGUCAUCCUCAACGACCUGCCCAUCGACCUGUUCGUCGAGUCCAUGCCGCACUCGCUGUCCAUCCUGGAGGCGCUGUACGCCAAGGUGUUCCUCUCCGACGGCCUCAACUUCAGCAUGAAGCUGCUGCGGCCCGAAGGGGUCGUCAUGCAGAUGGUCAAGUUCUUCUCGCUGGCGCAGGACAAGGACCGCGCGACGACGCAGGCGACCUGGGAGCCGUCGUGCGGGCCCUUCGUGUCCAGCUGCAAGAAGCUGCUGAAGGUGAUCGUGCUGUCGGACCCCAAGUCGCGCAAGCUGCUGCAGCAGAGGAAGCGCGGUCUGGACAAGGCCAUCGAGGGCCUGGGGCAGCACGGGCUGGUCGGCACCUCCGACGAGUCCCUGACCAACCUGCACGACGCCCUCCGGGUGGAGUUCCGCCGCGUGGCGGAGACCUACAAGGGCGCGCUGCAGAAGCUGGAGGAGCUGUCCCUGGCGACGGCCCACGGCGCGUCUCCCGGCGUGACGCGCGGACCGGCGCCCGUGCAGGCGUCGCACCAGCGCCAGCUGUCGCUGCGCCAGCCCGAGAUCCAGGAGCGCCUCAUCAAGAACAAGACCCUGCUGAACGUGGUGGAGCCCACCCUGGGCAACCACUCGCUCGACAUCCUGCUGGGCAUUCUGCAGCGCCGCGUCGAGUUCGACAAGGACGUGCUGUUCCAGUUCACGCAGCUGCGCAAGGAGAUGAAGGAGGUGGAGGCCGCCGAGGCCGUGGCGCCCGUGCUGCUCCGGUACUCGCACGGCUGCGACCAGGUGCUGGAGCUGAUGAAGGAGGUGGCGGAGGACGACGACGACUCCAGCGACAUCUCGGGCUACCACUCCGACUCAGACUCCGCCAUCAUGAUGUCGGGCAACUCACCCUACGUCAGCAAGCGGGCGCGGCACAACUUCCUCACGCGCUCAGUGCGGUCCAGCAAGCUCGGCGCGCGCACGCCCCUGCCGCUGCAGCACCAGUUCAGCUCGUCCAGCGGCGUCAGCUCGCAGCGCCCCUGCUCCUCCGGCUCGGAGGCGCGCAGCAAGGGGGCCAGCCCCGACGCAUCCUCCACCGCCUCGUCGGGCCCCAUCGGUCCCUACGCCCGCCGUCAGCUGGCGCACAAGCUGGGCUCCGCCGCUUCAUCGACAUCCUCCGACACCGUGGCCUGCUGUCAGGGCUGCCAACCUCACGCGACCGUGCAGGCUGUCCCACAGAGCAACGAAGAAGAACUGGUGGCUCUUCGCUCAGAGUUGGCCAACCUGCAGGAGGAGCUCAGUCACGCCAACUCCAAAGUUCUGGAGUUGCAAGAAGCUAAGCGGGCGCUACAAGAAAGACUAGCGCUGCCCGGCCACGGAGACGCGGCGCGCGGAGACGACACGGCCCAGCAGCUCGUGCGCGGCUACGCUAGCCUGUACGCUGCGGCCCGCGUCGACACGCUCGAUGCCCUGGAUAACCUCCCGCCCCUGCGAGACGCGCACGAACUUAAAUCUAAAAUAUUGUUUUCAGUCAUCGUGCUGGCGUUCCGGUCGACCCAGGCACUGCUGGCGCUCAAGAAGGACCACGUGCGGAGGGUGCUGCACAUCCCGGCGCCGGCCCCCGGCGCUCCGCCCCCGCCUGCCGUCGCUGCCGAGCUGGAGCACCAGGUGGAGCUCUACCUCCGCCGGACCGUCGCCACCUUUGACCUCACCAAGUGCGCGGACGACGUGUGUUCCCAAAUAUGGGCCACUCUGUACGACUACCCGUGUCUGAAGGAGUGUGCCGGGCUGGUGCAGUACGUGCGGAACGCAGUUCGCCUGGCCUGGGGCCUCAUCAACCAGUCUCCCCCCCACAUCCUCGAGUACGAGCAGAGGAUGUUCCGGAAGGACGUGCACGUCAGGUUCCACACGUCGAACCCCGAGAGCGAGCAGAUUCGCACCUACCUCUGGCCCGCGCUCCUGGAGGGGACCGGAGGGCCGUGUCUUCACAAGGCCGUGGUCAUCACGUGACCGCGGGUGCCCUUGAGAUUCCCACCGAUCUUCAAGAGAUGAGGAGUGCUUCCCAGACAGAAACAGAUGCACGAACAAGAGAUUAAUGCUAUCGUUAUGACUAUUUUGUACAAAAUGGUUUUACUUUAAAAUAUGAUAACAAAACAUAGUGCCAUUUAGAAUUAGUUAUGUAUUGCUCACUUUAUAAGUUACUGUGCAAUCUCUGUACACAUUUCACAGAUGAUUCCCCUCACUUUACAGCCUACUAUCAUAAUAGACUUAAUAAAUUUUGUAUGUUAAAAUAUAUUUUUGCAUUCUACGUUUCAUAGACUGUCAUACUACUUGUAUUUUUCAAUUAACUUACAGUUUCUUUAGCCGAGUAAAGAUAUUGUUUAGAAUUAAUCUGAUUGAAAAAAGAAAAAAAUGUACUUGAGAAUAUAAUUGUAAAACUGAACUGUUCAUAAUGAUAUGAAAUAGAAAUUUCAAUGAAAUAUGGUUUUCAAAGGCAAUUUAAUUGAAAGUGCUAUUUGUACAUACUAUAAUUAUUAUUGACAGUAGAAUAUAAAAAUAUUUUGCUACAUAUAUUUUUUGAAUGUUUCUGUUAUAGAAAUAUUUAUAUUUGUUGCAAUAUAUUAAACAAAAUAAUUGUAAACAGUUAUACCCGGAAAAUAAUUUAUUUUUACAAAUGUGUAUACAUUUAAAAGUAAUCUACAACUAUUGCAAAAAAAAAAAUUUCAACUGCUGCCCAUUUUUUCUGUAAAAUAUUGUUUAGCUACAAUUAUAAUUGUAUUUUAACAUAGACAUAAAUAAUUAAUACUGUUACUGUUAUUUAUAGAUUAAAAUUCCUUGAAUAUUAUUUAAAUUACAUAAACUUUUUUCCUUAUUUGUUGGUUAACAAAUUUGUUUAUAGAAAGAAGUUAGUAAAUAAAGAUGCUCAAAUCAAAAAUUUUUAAACUAUAGGACAUAGAAAUUGCAUAGUUGAUCAUGUUUUAUUGUAAUUUUGUUUUAAACAAAUCAAAAACAUGAAUGUUACAAGACUCAUAAUAUUCUGAAAGUAAAAAACUGAUAUAUA